UUUCUCUAGAACUGAUCCUCCAUCACAUCUGCUGAGCUCUCCAAUUUCUUGGCAACUUUGCCUCUCUUCUAGCCAUUGAGUUCUCUCUCUUUUCAUCAAUAAGUAAUUUUAGCCAUCUACUUACCCUCCUUCCAUAAAGUUUCACUCACAACCAGGUGAUCCCGGUUUGCUGCUAAGUUUCUAAAUUUUUGUUUUAUAACUGUUUAUAUGUGUGCAGUGGGCUCUGAGAUGGUGAUGGUGGAUGGAGUUCCAUUCCCUCCUGAGGUCACCAUUGCCAAACCUUUAGCUCUCCUUGGCCAUGGUAUUACGGAUAUUGAGAUCCAUUUCCUUCAGAUAAAGUAUAACGCUAUCGGAAUUUACAUGGAAAAACAUAUCGUCGAACACUUGGGGAAUUGGAGAGGAAAAAAGGGAGCUGAGCUAGCUAAGGACAAUCUCUUCUUUGAGGCUCUUGUUGCAGGGGAGCAUAAUGUAGCUACUUGAUGACGCUGUUCAAUAUGGCAAAGUAGGAUUGGUCUUAAAGUGCAAUUUUUGCUUGUA